CUCGUAAUCGCCAGCUCUGCCAUAUUUGCAUCUUCUGCUACUCCUCCACAGUACCUGUGCUGAUUGCAUACCUUCUUGUGUCCUCCACUCGUCCUCGCAGCUCGUCAUGGAGUGUCUGGACGUUUGCCUAUCGCUUAUUUGAUACUACGACCAUAACCAUUCACAAUACACAACGAGACAUAUCAUUUCACACCGGUUCGAUAGCUCUGCCAUACAACUUCAUUGUUAUCGUCCCACCAUGCAUCAGCAACCUCGACAUCCACCGAGGUCAGCUUCGGCUGCGACCAAUCCACAAACCAACCCUACCAGGACCAACAAUCCAAGGGAUACAAAUCAUAACAUGUCUCCUACCGAACAUUCACCAUACCCAAAUAGAGACGAUGAUGAAGAUAUACGCUCAGACGAGACUGGUGAUAGACUCUCGGAGAAUGAAAAGAAGGAUCUCACCAGGGUCAGACAAGUCAUCCAGCAGUUCUUUAAUAAAGCAGCCUUACUAAUAGUGUCUGCUAGAGCAGUGCUACCCCAGAGUAUGAACCAGGAUGGCAACGUAAAACAGAACAAAUGGUUCAACAUCGUUGUCGAUGACACUGACGCUCUUUCUGAGAGUCUGGCAGACUGGAAAGGCCUGGACAUCCUAAACGAGCUCCCUCCUCGGCUUUGCAUCGAGACCUAUGUCGAUUUGAAAGACCUUGGCAACAAACAAAUACUCGUAGCAAAUGAUGAUCGAGGAAAACGAUGGAACGUAGGAGAGAUGCUCAAUCAACCCAUGUCUCCGCAUUCACCGUUGCCUAAACGGAACGAAAGAGUGACACAGCUUCUCUUGGAGCGAUGGAUCGUUGAGGUAAAGGAUAAGGAGACUGCGUCCCCAGCAUCUCUCAGGGAUCCUUUGCCGAAUGUCUACAAAAAGGCAGUUGUCUUGUUCAGAUCAUUGUUCACGGUGACACAUAUGCUUCCGGCAUACAAAUAUUUUAAGAGACAAGCUGGUGCUCAUGGCGGGCUCAAGCUACGGUACCGGAUAUCCAACGAUAUCUUUAAGCAUCCGAGGCGAGACACUCUGCAUAUCCCUCUUUAUGAAACAUCUGAGCCUGUUGUUGAGACACAAACAUUCGCGCCCUCAAACUCCCCUAUUGGACCCUUGAGCAUUUCCGUGGUAUUUAGGGUGGACUGCGAUUUACGUGUUGACGAUCAGGAAUCACUCCUGAGCUCACAGUUCAUGGGUCUGGACGAUAACUACUUCAAGCCUUCACUGGGACACGCCGGCAACGAGCAAAGCGCCGUACCUGGCUCUUUACCUGUGAACCGAGCUAAUCAACAAGAUCAGCCAGAUCGCAGCCAGGCUUAUGGAAGCAUGUCCACGUUCCAUCAGGUUGGUCCUGCUGGCUCAAGCCCAAUAUCCGCUCUUCGGGCUGUUAGAGAUCAGCCUUCGAGGUCGCCCGUAGAGGCUUCACCGAGAGAACCCACAACCCUCCAUCCAGGUCCAGAGCGGAGAUCAUCCCUACGGGCGGGCGGGGUUGGAACUCGCCGACCCUCAGUAUCAUUCCAGGCCUUCAAGGCAGGAUCUCUAUCGUCCUCGCCUGCCAUCGGUACCCCUGUGCUCCAUUCGCCUAGCAGUUCAGUAGGUCGAGGGACGAGUGCUGCGCCGUACACUCAACCAAGAAACAGGACAUCCCUCACUGCGUUGCCCCAGACCGCGCUUAGAACGCCGUCACUACCAAAUGAAACCGCCAUCGCAUCGUCAGCAUCAGGAUCCCCAAAACCAGCACCAAUAAACAGAUAUAGUAGCAGUUUCGGACAUCGAAGAAGCAAGUUCUCAUCUGGCGGCGGCUCGAAGACUGAAGAUGAUAACAUCAGCAGCGGGAAAGCCAGUGUUUCGUCCGCCCAGCCUGGAUCCAGUAUGAUGAAUGAGGGUGAAGGUGGAAGCUCUGGGUCCAUGCAAACAGAUGAUGAGAACAUAUCCGAUUUUCUCAAACUUCUUGAUUCCAAGAAAGACCUACGAAGCUUCAAUCGUCGUGACUCGGCAUCUCGCGACGCAGCAAUGCGUAGGACCACUGCCGCAUUGUCAACCUAUCAGAAAAUGCGCGACUCGAAUGCUGUGCUCUCGGACUCAAUGUCCUCGUCACUCCUCCUUCACAGGUCAUCAUCAUCGUCAAGCCGACAACUGUCUUCUGUCCCUCCAAUGAUCGCAGGUACCUCCGUGUCAACUUCCUCAUCACCUGGGAAACCGAUCUCGCCGCACACCCCUCAUACACCCGCCAUACCCUCUCGAUUAUCUGCUAACAGUGUCGCCGACUACGACCAGCCCCACCGCUCCCGCUCACGAGGCCGUGUCAUCCCCCGACCAAUCAAUCCAUCUACAUCCCGACCAGAAGAGGAAGCUGAUCCGCCGCCUGGUGCGUCCGAAGCCAUCGACAUCCCAACUUCGCCUCGCGCUUGGCCCUAUAUACGCCGCUCUAGCUCUGCAGCUCAACAACAGCGCACGCUCGAAGACGACGCGGACAUUUACGGCCUACGCAGCGCCAGCGUGCCCGCUGAAGAAGGGCCUCAUCUCAGCCUCAGCGAACUUCUCCAACAUCAUGAAUCCAGCCCGGCGGCAGCGCACCAAGCAAGCGCUGACGCGAGUGACGAACGCACAGUCCCACGUAACGUCGUUCUACCUACGAGUCAAGACGGCGAAACCGAGCAUCGUACCGGUCCAGCGCUACGCAGUAGGGGAAGCUACACGCGUGGAGUUACAACACGGAGUAGUCGUUACAGCUUCAGUUCACGUGCCGGGCAUGCGUUGGAUGACGACGAGCCGUUGUUGUUCGACAUGAGUGAAAUCGGGAACGCGACGAGGAGAAGUGUUGAAGAAGGAAGAGGUGGUACAGCUAGUGGCACUGCGGGACUUGAUCGAAGACGUGGGGGGUCAACGACGAGAUCGCCAUGGCUAUAAAUGUGAUGGGGGUCAAGAGUUCUCUGGUCGAACGAGGACUAUAUAUUGGGCUUAAAAGACGAUCAAGAAUCUUCAAAGAAUCGCGCAUCGAAGGGCCGUGCAUACCACAAAACAAAACGCAAACGAAACAUUUUCAAAUUCACGAU